UCCCCUAUCUCAGAAAACAUUGUAUUGUCAUUGAAUGAAGAUUAUAUUGACCCAAAUGACAACGAGUUAGAACUUCAUAACGGGGACGAACUGGCAGUCAUCCCACCAAUCAGUGGAGGAUAAACCAAUGCACACACAGAUAAUCCACGGAAACUUGAGAAGAUGAAUCACAUAGAUAUCACAGAGGAAAAGCUCAACUUGGAUCGUAUCACAGCCCUGGUCACUGCGCCCUCGUGUGGAGCGGUAUCAGUCUUCAUGGGAACAACGCGGGACAACUUUGACAACAAGCGUGUUGUAAAACUGGAGUAUGAGGCCUACGUUCCCAUGGCAAAGAAGAAAAUGGUGGAAGUUUGUGACCAGAUCCGAGCUCAGUGGCAGGUUGAACACAUCGCCAUUGUCCACAGACUUGGUGUUGUUCCUGUCACCGAGUCCAGCAUCAUCAUCGCGGUCUCCUCCCCACAUCGGAAGGAGUCGCUGACUGCCGUCUCCUAUGCCAUUGAUACCCUCAAGGCCACUGUGCCCAUCUGGAAGAAGGAAAUCUAUGAUGACCACAGUUCGGACUGGAAAGCUAACAAGGAGUGUGCAUGGGCUACACCAAACAAACAAUUAUAAUAUCAGAUCACUAUAAUAUUAUAACAAUACCCAGGGACUUUGCUGGAGACAAAUGGCAUUAGAACAUUUUUAUGAUUUUAUCAAAUCUUUAUGACAUUCUUCUAUAUCAUUAUUUUUUCUUUUUUAAAUUAGGAUAUUUUGGCUGACAAUCAGUCAGUGUCCUAGAAAAUGAACUGAUCUAAAACCCUGACUAUCACUGAUGGGUAAACUGUUGUGUGAAAUGAUCACACAACUGUAAUGUUAUGUUUUUAUGCAAAAUAUUUUAUAAUACCAGUCUGCUUUCCUCCCACAUUAAGGUGACACGCCAUGAUAUCACAUGAAUACUGCUAAAAGCGGCAUUAAGUCCAGCUCACUAACUCAGUAUACAUAUUAGGCAAACAAAAAUUACUUUGAUUAAUUCUCACUGGGAAUACUCCUGAGGUUUGAAAACAGGAUGUCUCAUUAUAUGUACUGGUAUGGAUGUGUCUCAUAUUUAAUGUAAGUUUUGUUUGUUGACAGCUAGUGAAGCCAUUUACUGGUGUAUUUAAUCUGAUGGCAAGGUUUUGCACAGUGAUAAGAAAUCAGAUUAUUCACCCACAUUUGUUGUGUAUACCGAAUUGUUAUACCUCUAUUAAGAAUCUGUGAAUUUCAUUGGUUAAUCCACAUCACAUGAUGAAACAAUAUAUUUCAAUGCUGACCUAAGUUGGCUAACAAUAGAAAACUGACCCAAAAAUGUUUACUAUUGACCUGUCACGUGAUCAAUAUUGAUUAUUUUUUUCAAGAAAACAACUUAUUGGUAAGUGGUAAUAUAUGGUUCGCUGAUCUUUCUGAAAAAGAUCUCGUU